AUGAACCGUACGACGCAGGGUCGCCGCCUCGUCAUGAUGUCGGAGGCAGUGCUUCCGGAGGAGAGACUUCAACCCGGCCUGUUUCGGCCAACAAGAAUUUCCACAUGGCCAAGGACGCCAGAACUCAAGGAGUUACCAAGACCCAGGACAGCCAAAUCCAGAUACACCACCUUACUGCCCCCCGGCAAGAACCUACACACGGAUACAGGGGAUACCUAUACCUCCCCCAGUAAGACCCUACACACGGGAAUACCAGCAGGACAAUCACUAUCGCCCGGAUGUACAGCCUUCCAUCGUCCCUUCGCAGUCUCCACCCACAUGUCCCGUCACGGUGGUCGAAUCCGUCACGGUCAAUAUGGGUGA